AUGUUUUUGCCAUUCAAUGCUUUAUUAUUAGUAUUAUUAUGCAAUAUUUUUGGAAAAUUCGCAUAUAGCGAAUUUGCAUUUUUGGGUCGGCAACCAACCGCAAUUAAUCCAACGUUAUAUGAUUCAAGAACUGAUUUAAUCAUACAACUUGAUGAUAUGACAUUUAACGAUACAGUCUUCUGCAAACAACCAUUAUCAUCUGAUAAUGAUAAUGAUUGUGCUGCUUAUGUUGUCGAAUUUUACUUAGAUUGGUGUGGACAUUGUCGGUCAUAUGCUCAAACAUACAAAUCGUUAGCUCGUGAUAUUCGUGGUUGGAAUAAAAUAGUUCGAAUAGCUGCCGUCAAUUGUGCUGAUCCACUUAACGAAAUUACUUGUAAAGUAAACAAUGUCUUCUUUUUCCCAUAUAUCAAGUAUUUUCCGCGUAAUUCAACCAGUCCAAAAUAUGGUACACCAAUAGAAGCGUUACAUUCAGUUCGUGAAAUGCGUGAUUUAAUUACUCAAAUGAUUCUACUCGAUUAUAGCAUCAAUCGAUCACCUAAUUGGCCUAAUUUUGAUUUUUUAAAAAAUAAUCAAAAAUACAAUGAAUUAUGGAAUAAUCUGAAUGAAUCUGUGCCAUUAUUGGUGAUAAUAUUUGAGGAAGGGAAUGGAUCACUUAUUGGUGCUGAAUUGUUACUGGAUAUGACGAAAUACAGCGAUCGUUUAGUUGCACGACGAUCAUUAAAUAAUCAUUCACUUGCCGAUACUUUAUACAUCAAAAAUUUCCCAUCAAUGGCAAUUUUUAAACGUGAACAGAUAAAACCACUACUUGUUGCUGAAUUACGAAGAUUAUUGUUCAAUGAAUUGGAAAGAUUUUUGAUCAGUGAAAAUAACAAAAAUGAAACGAAAGAAAAUAUUAUACAGAAUGGAUCACUUUGUGAAAAAGAUCCUGCGAAAUGUCGGCAGAGGUAUUUCGCAUCAGAAACAGAUAUAUUGAAAGCUAUACGAUAUGCGAUAUUUGAUGAAGUAACAAGAAAUGGUAAAUAUCUUGCCGGUAAUAAUCUAACAGCUAUUCGUGAUUUCUUGGAUAUACUUGCUAAGAAUUUACCGACCACAACAAUUUAUCAUGAUAUUAGUGAUGAAAAUAAGCAAUUAUUGAAUAGUAAACGAGCAGUUAAUAUAUUCAAGAAAAUGCGCGAUUAUAUUGACGAAAGUGAGCUGCAAGAUGUGAUUCCAAUAGAGAAGUAUAAGGAAAAAUUCCUAAAUUUAGAAGAAGAAUACAAUCAUCCAUUUCCUGUUAACAGUGAUUGGGAGCAUUGUGCGGGAUCAAAUCCAAAAUUUCGAGGCUAUACUUGCGGUCUGUGGACAUUAUUUCAUGCGCUUACUCUUCAAGCCUAUAAAAAUGGUUUGAAUGAUUCAAAAUUUGUUCCAAUAACUCCAUUAAUAGCAAUUCGAAAUUGGGUGAAUCAUUUUUUCGGUUGUCAACAUUGUCGUGAACAUUUUCUUCGGAUGACAACACGAACAUUUAGUAUGGAAAGUAAAGUGCAUCAUCCGGAAGAUGUGUUCAUGUAUUUGUGGCAAGCACAUAAUAUCGUUAAUGCUCGCCUUCGUGGUGAUGAUACAGAAGAUCCGGAAUUUCCAAAACGGCAAUUUCCAUCUGAUUUUUUGUGUAGUACCUGUCGAAAAGAAGGAUAUUUUAAUAAUAACCAAGUGAAAAACUUUUUACUUACUUAUUACAGUGCUAUUAAGCCUAUUUCAACUAAUAAACAAUUAUGA